AUGGUGCUGUCUCUCAAUUUCGAGUACGUUGGUCGAGGUGGCCCUCGCCUGUGGAGGCACUCGCCAGUGCUGCAUCCUGCCCAGCGGUCCGCCUACAAGACCACCAUCUCCCACGUCGACGGCUUCUUGGAUGACCCACUGACUCGUCGGCCUGACAUCGACUGGUCCCAGAAGAUCAGCAAGCUCAGGGUCGACUACACUGGUGAGGAGCAGGGCGAGGCCUUGCCCAUCAAGCUAGCGGAGCCUAUACCAGGCCUUCCCGACAAACAGCAUGCUGCGCAGCUCCAGACAGAGGAGUUCGUUGACGGGCACAUCCUGGAGUGGCUCAUGGACCCUGAGGUUGCCACGCUGCCUGAUGCGGACUGGCCGCUGUACCCUCCUCGCGCCCGAGUCAAUUGCGCGAGGCUCGAGGACUGGUACGAGGUCGCAGAACACUUGAUUGGCCUCGGCAUCUUGGGCGUGGCCGACGAGGCGGACAUCUUUGCGCAGCGGGGCCAGAAGGUCUUCAACGGCCUAUUCGCUCGCGAGAGAUGCACGCGCCUCAUCUUCAACAUGAUACCCUCCAACGCCUACCUCCGCAACAUUGUUAAGGACACGUCGACUUUGGCGGCCUCCACCACAUGGGCCAGCCUCCACUUGCCAGCAGGAUGCGUCAUGGUGUGGAGCAGCGACGACCAGAAGGGCGCCUUCUAUGUCUGGAAGUUGCCGCCAAUCUGGUAUGGCAGAAUGGCCGUCUCGGUGCCCGUGCCAGCGAGCUCUGCGGGGUUGCCAGGGGACCACCUGGUCUACGUGGCGUUCCGCGUCAUCCCCAUGGGCUGGGUACCCGCA